AUGACCAUCACCGCUAUUGUCACGGAAGAUCCUACUCAGCUCCCCGUUCUACAGAGGGUGAAGGUUGAGCUUCCCCAUGGCACCACCACCAAGGGCCGACUGGUUCCUAUCGAGCACGCACCCGGAAGUAAAGUUGACUUCGGAGCGCUAGUUUAUGGGAUUGACCUAAACAACUUCACCAAAGCCGACUUCGAAUUCAUUUCUGAUGCUCUUCACAAACACAAACUCUUGGUGUUCAAAGAGCAGCCUGAGAUGUUGAAGCCUCAACAACAAUAUCUUCUAACAUCCAGCUUUGACCCCGAUGAAAAGACUGGAGGUUUUGCGCACGGCGUAGACCCAUUCCUGACAUCUUACAAUGGAGUCGACAUCUACGGUAUUCCAAAACGUCCUGCCAUACCAGUCCAACCGCAAGUGCACAUUCUGGGUCGAGGUCAACUACCCGAGAACCACUACGGGUUUCCCCCGGAUUUUGAGAUACAGGGCAUAGAUCACGAAGAGUUCCAUCUGCCACCUCAUAUUCCUUCUGAAGAAAGAGAGGCAGGGGCAAGCAGAUUCUACCAGUGGCACUUUGACGGUUCGCUUUACAACAUUCCUCCCCCUCGUGUUGGAUGUCUUCUUGCAGUUCGUACACCCAAGGGCCCAGAUGUAACUGUAAGGUGGGAUGAUGGCACAGGCACAGAGAUGAAGAUUGCGCCUGGUGCCACUGCAAUGGUAGCAGGUUCCAAAGCCUUAGAGUUGCUAGAUGAGGAGACAAGGAGGCUUGUAAUGCAUAGCAGGAUUGAAUAUGCCCCACAUGCAUUUGUUUGGAUGUCAACAGCACGCAGCACACGACUAGGGCAUCUAAUCGAAACAGAGGGGUUGGAGAAGCCACUCGAUCAGCUUCCCCCGUGGGACCCAGAAAAAAUUUGCAUUUAUCCAAUGGUCUGGACGAACCCAAAAACGGGAGAAAAGUCGCUGCAAGUGCAUGGCCAAGGUGCUUUCAAGCUGUAUCUGAAGGAUAUUCCGGACGGAGAAGAGAAGAUUGUGGACGAUCUCAAAGAAGUCCGAGCUUUCAUGCACAAGCUCAUGCGACCUGUGCUGUCUCCUGAAUACAUAUACGCUCACCGACAUGAGGAGCAGGACGUCAUUCUCUGGUACAACAGAGCUUUGUGGCACAGCAUCACUGAGUUUCCUAAGUCGUACGGACCGAGAGUAAUGCAUCAAUGCAACGUCGCUGCCAGCGACCACCCAACCAUGUAA